AUGUCAGAAAACUCCGCUUCGAUCCGCAAGAUGUUAUUUUGUCUCUUGCUGGGAGUGACUAUGGCUACUGCAGUACCAGCAACUGCGGAAUCAGGUGUCUCUGUCAUAUCGGUCAGCGGACAAGUCCCUCAGGCCGCCGGUGCUGCAGUUUUGAGUCCCUUCGUCUCAUUCUCAAUCGAAUUUUCCUCCUUUCCUGACUUUGCAGGAAAUCUAUCCCGUCCGAAUAAGUUUUCAAAAAACUUGCUGGAUAACCUUGGUGAUCUUCAAGGCGUGAAGCCUUACCUUCGAGUUGGAGGAAACACGCAGGACCUUGCUCUCUAUGACCCGAGUCUUAAGACGCAAAUCAACGGCACAGUCGUGCCAGCCGUGUCUUCAGAUUACCCCUCAAUCAUAUCCAUUGGACCGUCCUAUUUUGAGUCAUACGCGACCUUGCCUGGUGUCAAAUUCAGUCAUGGCUUCAAUAUGGGCAACAAUAGCACCAGAGGCAUAGAAACACUGCUUGCAACGGUUUCACUGGCCUGCAAAGCCCUAGGAGGUGGAAAGCUGGAAUACUGGGAGAUUGGGAAUGAGCCGGAUUUAUUCAAGACAACCACACCAAACAGCGUGCGACCUGCAAACUGGACAGAGAGUGACUAUGUGACCGAGUGGCUCGAGAGGGAACGUGUUAUCAGACGUCAGCUGAAGAAAAGCUGUCCAGAGAUGUUAACAGAUGAUGGGUACAAGUAUAUAGCUCCGUCGUUUGCUGGAUUGACAAACAGCUUAGACGCGGUGAAGACGUGGCAGGAUGGACUCAACAAAGACAACAUCAUUUCUUUGAACUCUAUGCAUAAUUAUAUUGGCGGUGCAGAUGUCCCAGGCGUCACUCUACGACAUACUUUGAUGAACCACACCGCAACAAAACAUAGCGUCGACCAACAUGUCAACCUCUCUCGAGUCCUUAGCCACGAUGGCCUCACAAAAGACAUUCCCUACAUCCUCGGCGAGACGAAUUCACUCUAUCACCAAGGCAAGCCCGGCCUCUCGAAUUCCUUCGGUGCCGCUCUCUGGGGCGUGGACUUCAACCUCUAUUGCGCAUCUCAAAGCAUCCGCCGCACACACAUGCACAUGGGAACAGACUAUCGCUAUGCGUCUUGGCAGCCAAUUGAAACCAACAAGACCACGGUUGGCACGAAAGCGCCGUAUUAUGGGAAUGUCAUGGUCGCCGCAAUGCUCAAGAAAGAAAGCGACGGCGACGACGUUCAGGUGGUGAAUCUACCGACUUCAGAAGAGACCAAUGCAGCCUACGCAUCAUACGUCAACGGCCACCUCGCCCGAAUUGCUGUUGUGAAUAUGCAGCAAUUCAACUACACAGACGAAGAAACCGGUGCAAUCUCAGAGUUGUCAGACCGACGCUCAACCAGAUACACUUUCCAAAUUCCCACAGGCUCCGCAAAAUCCCUUUCUGUGCAGCGGCUUAUGGCGAAUGGGAGUGAUGCCAUCACGGGGAUCACCUGGGACGGGUGGUCGUAUAACUACGAACUGGACAAUGGCAAACCUGUGCGGCAAUCGAAUGUCACAAUUGGUGAACUGGUGAUUGUCAAAAAAGGGGUUGUCGAGAUUGAGCUCCCGUACUCUAGUGGCGCCAUUCUGAAUCUUUGA